ACCAGACGAGGAUGCAGACACGGAGGCUGGACCAGACGAGGAUGCAGACACGGAGGCUGGACCAGACGAGGAUGAAGCCAGAGCUGGACCCGGCGAGGAUGAAGCCAGAGCUGGGCCGCCCGGUGAGGCAGAAGCUGAAGCGGAGGGCAGACCAGGCGAAGCUGAAGCUGGACCAGGCGAAGGCGAAGACGAAGCUGGACCAGGCGACGAUGAUGAUGAAGGUGAGGCUGCUGUUGCAGGCGUGGGUGAAGCUGCAGCCGCAGGUGAGGAUGAUGAAGCUGCACCAGGCAACGCUGAAGCUGAUGCAGAGGCCGGACCAGGCGAGGCAGGACCGGGUAGCAGCGUGGCAGCUGCGGAAGCCAAUGAAGCUGAAGCUAGCCCAGGCAAGGAUAAAGCUGACGCUGCAGGCGUGGGUGGUGAUGAUGAGGACGCUGCAGGCGUGGAUGAUGACGAGGCUCGACCGGGCGAAGGCGAAGCUGAGGCUGAAGCUGGACCAGGCGAAGCUGAAGGCUCUGAAGCAGGACCAGAUGAAAAUGUCACUGCAGGCGGAAGCAUGGAAGCCGGAGACGGAGGCGCUGCAGGCGGCGGCGGCGUGGGAGCCGGAGACGGUGGCGCUGCAGGCAAUGGUGAUAGCUGGAUGGGCUCCUCGGUCCCCCCAGUGAAAGCAGCAGGCUGAAGCGGUUCCCGAGACCCCUCAGCGGAAGCUGCUGAUGAUGGCGAAGGCUGGAUGGGCUCCCCGGUCCCCCCAGCGAAAACAGGCUCAAAACCAGUAGGCA